AUGGAUGGCGCGCGAUCCUCCUCGCGACCUAGGCCCUCAUCUCGCCCACGACGCCUCUACGACCUAGCUCGCGUUCGUCGCUCCGGAGAAGCCCACGGAUACGGCCAUAGCAUCAGUAAUGCAGGAUACAAUCAACCCGCGAUCAAUGCGCUGGAACCACAGUUCGCAGAGCUGGCAGACUCAAUGGCCGAUCUUGAGGCCAACUUUAUGCAUUUGCAGCUGAUGCACGAGAGCUUGACGCGGUUUAGCGAGAAUUUUGCUAGUUUCCUCUACGGCUUGAAUAUGAACGCGUUCUGCGUCGAUUUCCCGGAGGCCCCGAUCGCAGACUCGUUCAGGAGAGCUAAGCAGGCAGAGGCACAGAAAGAGGCAGAAAAUGAACCACCCAGACCAGACGAUGGCGAGAUGACCUUCCUGACCACGGAUACCUCUUUCGUCGAACACCCUCCCAGCACCGUUUCGUCCAAACCGACAUCGAAAUACUCAGCACCCACUCGAGGCACUACUCGGGGCACGACGCGAGGCUCGACAACAGUUCGCUCUGAAGGCGACGGAUCGGGGCCAGUUACUCUCCAGCAGGGCUACGCCUAG